AGUCAAUGCAAAUGACUCAGUAUCCUCUUCUAACGAAUUAUCAUUGUUCUUGAUGAAAUUGAACCAACGACGACGAAUCGCAAAUGGAGGCGAUCAAACCACUUCCACAGGUCUCGAGCUUCUCUGCUUCCGUCUUUAGCUUCCUCGAUGACAAAUUCAGAGACUCCACGGAUCUCUCCCAGUCUCCAGGUCUGGUUUCCGAGUUACAGACCGAGAUUUCCGAAUUGGAUCAGAGAUUAGCCGGAUUAAAUCGCCAGCUCGAGUCAGUUCUUGCUUCUUACGCUUCGUUUUCCGAUCGCGUCGGUGGUUUAUUUGUCGAAGUUAAUGCCAAAUUGGCUGAUCUCUCUUCUUCUACCUCCGUUCCUUGCUUCGCGUCAGAUGGCGGAAAGGAGGGGGAGGAGGCGACGGAGCAAUUAGCCGGGGAGGAGCUUCCGUCAUUAGCAAAGGAAGUGGCACAAGUUGAGUCUGUGCGGGCUUAUGCUGAGACUGCACUAAAACUUGACACUUUAGUGGGUGAAAUCGAGGAUGCUGUGAUGUCUUCUUUGAAUAAAAACUUGAGAACAUCUCGGUCAAGCGGUUUUGAAGAAGUGCGUCUACAUGCUAUCAAAACACUUAAAACGACAGAAGAGAUACUGAGUUCAGUAGCUAGGAGACAUCCUCGAUGGGCACGUCUUGUUUCUGCAGUUGAUCAUAGAGUAGAUAGAGCUUUAGCCAUGAUGAGACCUCAAGCAAUUGCUGAUUACAGAGCGUUGCUUUCUUCUCUUGGAUGGCCACCUCAGCUUUCUACACUAACUUCAGCGAGUCUUGAUUCAAAGUCAGAAAAUGUCCAAAAUCCGCUUUUCAACAUGGAAGGGAGCCUCAAAAGUCAAUACUGUGGAAAUUUUCAGGCCUUGUGUAGCCUGCAGGGGUUACAGUUGCAAAGAAAGUCGCGGCAGCUUGGAAGCCAUAAGGGAGAAAAUGUUCUUUUCCACCAACCACUCUGGGCUAUUGAAGAGCUGGUCAACCCUCUGACAGUUGCAUCUCAGCGACAUUUUACAAAGUGGAGUGAAAAGCCUGAAUUCAUUUUUGCCCUUGUGUAUAAAAUCACAAGGGACUAUGUGGAUUCUAUGGAUGAGUUGUUACAACCCCUCGUUGAUGAAGCAAAGUUAGCUGGGUACAGUUGCCGAGAAGAGUGGGUUUCGGCUAUGGUAAGCUCCCUGUCUUUGUACUUGGUGAAAGAGAUAUUCCCUAUAUAUGUUGGACAGCUAACCGAAGCAAAUGAAACUGAUCUUCGUUCUGAGGCCAAGGUUUCGUGGCUCCAUCUCAUCGACCUCAUGAUCUCUUUUGAUAAGCGAGUACAGUCUCUGGUAUCACAAUCAGGAAUACUUUCGCUUCAAGAAGAUGGGAAUCUUCUGAGAAUUUCCUCUCUCUCAGUUUUCUGUGACAGACCUGAUUGGCUCGAUUUAUGGGCAGAGAUAGAGCUAGAUGAGAGGCUAGUCAAAUUCAAGGCAGAAAUUGAUAACGACAGAAAUUGGACAGCAAAGGUCCAAGACGAACUCAUCUCCACUUCCAACGUUUACAGACCACCAAUCAUUUCCAGCAUCUUUCUGCAGCAUUUGUCAUCAAUAAUCGAACGAUCCAAAUCAGUACCGGCCAUAUAUUUGAGGGCAAGGUUCCUGAAAUUGGCAGCCUCACCAACAAUCCAUAAGUUCUUGGAUUGCCUCCUUCUCAGGUGCCAAGACGCCGAAGGACUAACUGCAUUAACCGAAAACAACGAUCUAAUCAAGGUCUCAAACUCUAUCAAUGCUGGUCACUACAUUGAAUCUGUAUUAGAAGAAUGGUCUGAAGAUGUCUUUUUCCUUGAAAUGGGAACUGGACAGCACGAUCCACAGGAAUUUCCAGGACUGGAGAAUUUUACAGAACCUUCUGAAGGUAUUUUCGGAGAAGAAUUUGAGAAGUUGGAGAAGUUCCGGCUAGAGUGGAUAAACAAGUUGUCUGUGGUGGUCUUGAGAGGCUUUGAUGCUCGAAGUCGAGAAUACAUAAAAAACAGAAAGCAAUGGCAGGAGAAGAGAGACAAAGAAUGGACGGUGUCAAGGGCACUAGUUGGGGCUCUAGACUACUUGCAAGGAAAAACGUCUAUAAUAGAAGAAAAUCUAAACAAAGCAGACUUUACAGCUAUGUGGAGGACUCUAGCCUCUGAGAUAGACAAGUUGUUCUUCAACAGCAUCUUGAUGGCAAACGUGAAGUUUUCCAAUGAUGGAGUCGAAAGGUUAAAAGAAGACAUGGAGGUUCUAUAUGGGGUUUUCAGGACGUGGUGCGUUAGACCCGAAGGUUUCUUUCCUAAACUAAGUGAGGGGCUUAUGCUUCUGAAGAUGGAAGAGAAGCAAGUGAAGGAUGGUCUGAGUAGAGGGGAUAAGUGGUUACGUGAGAACAGAGUUCGAUAUUUGAGUGAAGCCGAAGCCAAGAAGGUAGCUAAGAGUAGAGUCUUCUCUUAGUUAGAUCUCUUUCAGCAAAUCAAUAUCUCACUGAUGU